AUGGCGCUUGCUAGACGCUGUACGCUCUUUCUUCUCCUCGUUCUUGGUUUAGCCUACAUUGCAAAGGCAGCCAUUGCUCCCACGGCCACAGCAGGCCCCAAGUGCAAGAACGCGUUCCCUCAAAGGCCUCUGUGCAAGUUCGUGGACAGCUUGACCACGCGCGUGAUUCCCACUCUCGAUGGCACCAAGCCGCUCACAAUCGGCGCCUAUCAAAUAUACCAGAAAUUCCAUCGCGAUCUGCCGGCGACGAAGCAGUACGCGUACGGCACGAGUCAGAAGACGGCGUCGUACCCCGGCCCCACCAUCGUGGCCAAGGUGGGCAUCGACACGACGGUGACGUGGGAGAACCAUCUGCUCGACAACACGCACAUGUUCACCGUCGACCCCACGCUCAUCAUGGGCUACAAGUACCCCAAGCGGGGCAUCCCCAUGGUUGCUCACAGGCACGGUGGUAGUCAGCAGAGCUUCUACGACGGGCACCCUUUCGCGUGGAUCACACAGUACGGCGAGAAAGGCCCCACGUACGCGACGAACGUGUACAAGUACGUGAACGACGAGGCGUCCACCAUCUGGUACCACGACCACAUGGCCGGCUUGACGCGCCUCAACGUCGCUGCCGGCCUGGCGGGGCUGUACAUUAUCACGGACCCCGAGGUUGAGUCCAAGUUCACCUGGCUGCCGCCCGCCUCCCGCACCGUGCCGCUCGCCAUCGCGGAUCGCCUCUUCUUUGCGAACGGGUCGGUGAACUACCCGAACGUGGGGAUCGUGCCGAACGUGCAUCCCAACUGGAUUCCCGAGUACCUCGGCGACACCAACAUGGUUAACGGCGUGGUUUGGCCGUACCUCAAGGUCCGGCCUGCGAUGUACCGGUUCAAGAUGCUGGGUGCGGCGAACGCGCGUUUCUACAAUCUGCAGUUCGUUUGCGCGCAGCGCGGCGACUACCCCAACUUCGUGCCACCGCUCAGGGGCAAGGUUCUCGAUAUAAUCAGCAUUGCCACCGACGGCGGUUACUUGCCAAAGCCGGUGUACUCCAAGUCACUGCUGCUGGUUCCCGGUGCUCGCCAGGAUGUGCUCGUUGAUUUCUCCAACCUGCCCGACACGUGCAAGGACGUGAUUCUCCAAAAUCUUGCUGCCGCGCCCUUCCCCGCUGGUGUGACGGCUGACCGCGACACGGGGCUUGUAAUGCGCUUCGUGAUCACCAAUCGCAAGCGCUUUCCCGCGCCGAAGAUCCCCAGCUCCAUCUCGUACUUGCCUCCAAUCAACUACAAGAACAUCCAGAAGGUUCGCUGGCACCGCCUGGUGGAGGAGAUGGAUCCCAAGACGAACCUGCCCGUCCGCGUCACCAUCGACAACCUCGGGUUUGCCGACCCCAUCAGGGACUACCCCAAGCAGGGCACGAACGAGCUGUGGCAUAUCAUUAACUUGUCGGCCGACGCGCACCCCAUGCACUUCCAUCUCGUGGACCACCGCCCCGUGUCGCGCCGCCCCUUUGACGUCGCGGCGUUCCAGGCUGGCAAGUGCGCGUUCCGCGGCAAGAAGCUGCCCACCUGCUGGACUGGACCGAGGGUUCGGAUCGAUCCCACUGAGGACGGUUUGAAGGACACCACAACCGCGUACCCCGGUCAGGUGCUGACGCUGUGGUUCGGCUGGCACGAUGGCAAUGGCAAGCCUUUCCCGUUUGACGUGACCGUUGGCCCGGGCUACGUGUACCAUUGCCACAUGCUGGAUCACGAGGAUAAUGACAUGAUGCGGCCGUUCAAGGUGAUCAAGUAA